AUGACAGCACAGGUCGGCGAGGAGAAUGUAGCUACUCUAUUCGGAGAUAUACACUACUUCUAUGGGUCGGAAGAUGUCCGGCCUAGACAUCAUCGCUUUGACAAGGGCUCAUACGUCUACCUUUUUGAAAAUGCUCAUGACAGGAGAUGCCGUAUAGAGAUAGCCAACCAACCCGGAACUGACGAUCAGGAUGCUUUUGAUGGGUUUCUAGAUCAAACCCGCGUGCGAUACUCUUACAAACAACACUGCACUGUAUCACUGACUGUGGCUGAAUCCGUGCAUCACAAUGAGUGGCAUUUGCCAACCUAUGAUCCGAGAAAUGAGGACAAGUAUCAUUACAAGUUGCACUCACUCGACAUAUACUUUUGGACACAAAAAGACGCCUUGCAAUUCAUCAACGGAGUGAGAAGAGUUUUGCCGCCUACACAGGUGGAGGUGUUGGACGAACCUAGCCCUUCGCAACCGAUGAGUAUGAGUCCAGUGGUCCAACAGCUUGAGAAAGCAGCGAUUUCCGAUUCCUUAUACGGCCCUUCUCCUAUACCGCCGUCGUCGCAUACUGCGUCUCAAGAUCCGGUAGCUGACGGAGCUUCGACAUCCUCACUCACUGAGAUGAGCCAACUUCCACCUCCCCCACCACCUCCGCCAGCAAGUUUUACGCCCAUGGCAUAUAAUCCUGCGGCUCCAGCGGCACCAGAAGCGAUAAAGCAUCGCGAGAAGACGCCACCACCAGAUGAAGAUCCACUGAACCCCUUGGCGGUGGCGGUUGCUCACGAUUACCAAAAACAACCUUUUACGCCGGGCUUUCCUCCGCAGUCACAAUUUCCGCUUGGAUUGAGCAGCCCUGGGCUACCGCCGAAUUCCAUCAACAGUCCCAGCGUGCCAUCUCACUUGGCUGGUCCUCCUAAACAGCCAGGUAUUCUGAGAGCUGCAACAAUGCCUACUAGCACAUUGGCUACUUCAGGAUUACCUUACUCACCGGGCUUUGCGCCGCCACCUCCUCCUCAGCCAACAACACACCUCCCCGGGAAUCAUAGUACGGCUGCCCUUCGUCCCGGUGGCUUUUCCAACUACACAUACGCCCCCCAAAGGGCUGCAAGGCAAGAAGGGGAAGACUAUUCCAUACAUCAACAAUUGUAUCGGCCGACGGAGGUCGAGUCCAACACAAGUAAUCCCCAUCCGUACCAACCAAAGGCAGAAUCACGGGGAAGGUUAGAAGAAAACGCUGGACGCCUGGAGAGAGGUGUGUCUGGAAUGUUCAAGAAAUUUGAGAAGAAGUUUGGCUAG